AUGUCAGCUGCUGAAGAAUUUUUUGAUUUAUUUGAUCGAAAACCUGCUAUUGACAAUACAUCUGAUGAAGGACAAGAAUUGGUUGACUUUCGUGGUGAUAUCAAAUUUGAUCAAGUUAAAUUCAUCUAUCCAACUCGGCCAACAUCUAUUAUUCUUAACAAAUUUCAAUUUAAUAUCAAACCAGGCCAACGUGUGGCUCUUGUUGGUGCAUCUGGAUGUGGUAAAUCAACAGUAAUUCAACUAUUAGAACGAUUCUAUGAUGUCACUAGUGGUCAACUUCUGCUUGAUGGCGUUGAUAUUCAACAAUUAAACAUUCAUUGGGUUCGGUCUCAUUUGGGUCUUGUCAGUCAAGAACCAGUUAUGUUCGAUUUAACAAUUGCUGAAAAUAUAGCAUAUGGUUUAGAAAAUGUUCCAGUAGAAGAUAUUAUCAAUGCAGCGAGUAGAGCUAAUAUUCAUCAAUUUAUUCACCAAUUGCCUCAGGGCUAUGGAACAAAAGUAGGAUUGAAAGGUACUUUUCUGUCAGGUGGUGAGAAGCAACGUAUUGCUAUAGCUCGAGUUCUUAUUCGUCGACCUAAAGUACUGCUCUUAGAUGAAGCUACAAGUGCCAUGGAUUCACAUAAUGAACAUCUUAUACAAGAAACUCUUGAACAAGCUCAAACAGAAGACCCUAGUCGAACAACACUCAUUAUUGCACAUCGUUUUUCAACUGUUCGUUCGUGUGAUUUGAUUUGUGUCCUUGAUAAAGGACAUAUAGUGGAAAGUGGUACUCAUACAGAAUUGAUAAAACAACGUGGAGCUUAUUACAAAAAUGCUUCCUCAAAACAAUUUACAAUAAUUAGUAGUGAAAUAUUUUGA